AGAUCUAGUGACCGAGCGGAGGAGCGCUAUAUACAAUGUGGGAGUUACAGGAGUUUAUCGGAGACGGUACUUCCCUAAAUAUCUUGUUACAGAUUUUAGUGCUCAAUAAGACCUUCGUUAUCAGCCAACCAGGUGUUAUUAAGUUUGGUGGUUCAGGAUGUGACGUUGACUUGCGGCCGGCUGUGUGCAGUGAGGUGGCUAAUAUGUUUGUUAUCGGUACUGAUACUAAUUGUGUGAACGGUUUACAGUUUAAUUUGUCGGAAAAUGUUCAGGGACAAUCUUUAGUCAAUGGCGUGUUGUCAAAAGAAUACCAGCUCAUAAAGUCAGGAGACAUGGUACAAUUUCGUUCCGUAUCGAACAAGAAGUUUAUGUUGAUCUACAAAGAAAUCAAUAUACUUUUUUCUUCGAUGGAGAGGAAUAUACGAAAAAAAGCUAAAACAGUCGCCAACCUCAUUCAUGCAAAAGUUUUAAGCGAUUGGUCAAACGAAUGCAAUGUUCUUGUUAUGCAAUCUCUGAUUGUUACUUCGAAAGUUAUAUGUGCAUUACUUAGCUGUAUUCCUAUUGUUACACCGGACUACUUGGAAGAAAUCAAGAAAAUCCAAGGCUACACAUUCGCAACGAAACCUGAUCCAAAAGACUUUUUGCCGAUUAUGAAGGAGGAAAAACUGACACAGAAUGACGCCUCGAAGUUUCUCCCCAAUGAUUUGCGACGUCUUUUAUUUAGUGGAAAGGUAUUCUUUGUUCUAAAUAAAGACAAGUACAAUAUUCUGUCGGAGAUAAUCCGUUUGGGGAACGGGAGUUCAUGUUUACUUGAUUCUCCCGAUGCUCUACUUACCUCCAAUUCAAACAAUAAAGUGCAUGUGACUGGACAUAUUGCUGUAGAUGAUCUCCUUCGUGAUAUUUUAUCGAAACCAGAGUCGUGCGUCGUUCAUUUUCAUCCCACAUCUGUAACCGAAUCAUGGCAGCGAAAAGUUUAUUCUGUAUUGCGUAGUCUACGCCGCAGACCCAUUCUAGAAUCAGAACUGGGUUUCGCUGUUGUAUAUUGCUCGACAAAGUUAUAUUGCAAUCCAGAUAAACGCUGCCCUGAUGGAUUAUACCAAGAAAUUGAUAUAUCUGGUACAUUCUCGGUGAAUCCGUUUCAAAUAGACUCGGAAGUUGUCUCAUCAGAACUUAGUCAAUCAUCUACUACAGUGGUUGGCGCGAAAAUUCCUGACUCUACUCAUAGGAAGUUUGUCCCUACUGUUUCUUUCCGAUCGCAUCAUUGUUUUAGUUUUUUUGUUUAAUUUUUUACUUUUCCUAGGAAAAUUCACAAUAUCGCAAGAACGAAAACUCUAAACAUUUAAUCCGUUAGGUCUUUGACCACCUCUUUAAUGAAAUCGCCGGUUUGAACCAGCACUAUUAGCUUCGUUUUACUUGUUUGCAAAUAAUACAGUAAUCGAUUUUAUAUGUAUCAAAUUGUUUGCUUCGGAAAACACUUCAAAAAUUGAACUUGAUGUCUGUGAAUCUCAACAAAGGAAAAGCAAAUGCGCCUUUCCUCUUGAAGACAUGAGGCGACUAUAAUUUUAUUAAUUUUCUAGAGGAUAUUUAGGGAUAAUCUUAGUUUCAAUCUUUGUUUUCACUUUAGAUUGACUAUUUGUCUUUUCAUAUCAGAAGAGUUUUUGUGGAUAUUAUAGUAAUUUCAAUUUGUCUUUUCACAAUUUUUCUAUCUUAUUUCUUGUUUGAUUUUCAGUCAUUUGGGUUUGGGCGUCUGUCAUCAUUUCUGUGAAUUUAGUCAACAGAAUUGGUUGUAAAUCAUUUUCCAAGCAGUGGUAUAAACUCAGAUUAUUAUUCGCAUAAAAAUCAGGGUUAUUAGCCAGCAACACAAACCAAAAUUAGUAGUGCAAAGUUUGAACAUGUUAUCUGCUUGUUAGAAUUUGAGUGUGUUAACCUCUAAGGGGAUACAACAGUGACUCUUGGUUCUGAAAUUGUGCUUCGCCUAACUCUAUCUCUCCACACUAUAUACUAUAAUUGAUAGACUUGUAAAUUCAUACCCAUGGAAUUCAACCAACUUCAUUUGUCCAAAAUAAUGUUCGCUUUUGUCAUAGAAGAUAAUGUUUCUGUCUCUUUCAGCUGUCGCAUUGAUCUUCAGAUAAAAAUUACAAGAAUCUCUCGUGGCUUUUAACGAUAGUUGGGUUUGGUAAUGGUUGCUCUAGGGUUUUCAUACGUUAAAAUCUGGUAUCAUUGGCUGAUAUAAUCUAUUAACGUAAUGUAUUUUUGGAGCAUUCACCACUUAUCACCUAUGUUUUCUGCGUUUUAAGAUGAAACGGGGUCUCUGCAGUUUGUUUUAUCUAAGUAAUCAGAUCUAUGGUGUUUAUUUUUUAUUUGCCUUUUUAUUGUUUCAUACCCAAUAUUUAUGUGUACAAUAUUCUCUUAGUUUUUCAUCUAAAAUGAAGAAUACCGAAUCAGACUCUGGACUCAAAUCAAGAUCAUAUCAAACUGCAAGGUUAUGUGAACGUAAAUUUGGGUCUAUAUCUAAAAUUGUUCCUGUGAAAACUGUUAGUGUUCUAAUUUUAAAUGUUCAUCUGAUUUGGUGUCUAAUUAAUCUCUCACUGUAACUGAUUUUCUUGGUAUAGUCUGUGUUUUAACCAAACUGCCCAUUUUAGGAUGUUUGAUACUAUGUGGCUACCCAAACCAAAUAAAAUUCCAGUGGCCUUAGGUCUGACAAUCGUUAUAGCUGAAUUAAGCAAUGACUUUCCUGAUUAAUUACUUUUUGAUUAAGCGAAACGUUUAUUGCAUUAUGCAACUUUGAUUUCAACUUAAUUAUAUACGAUUCAUCAUUGAAACAAAUACUACACUUAAAUCGUCUGAUUAAGUCAGUAUAUCAUAGUUAUUCCACUGCUCGUAACCUAUUGUGGUUGUUUAAGAUUUUCCGUGGUGUAGCUUACUAAUGAAACCGGUUAAAUAUGGUAGAAACUGGCAUCUUCGAAGUUGAAAAUAAAUCUAUCUCACAGCUUAACAAUGUUCAUAUUUAGCUACGGAUUAUAACAAUUGAAUGCAAAUUUAUGCGUGACAAUUCAAAUUUUUUUGAAAAACAUCUCAGCGAAUUGGAACACUAAAUUUUGAUAUCAUUUCAAGAUAGAAAAGCAGACUGUUAUACUUUUUUGCCUUGACUAAGUGUAAAAAUUCCGUCUAGUUGAUUGUGUUUACAUGAAAAGAGAAUUGUUUGGAAAAGUUUAUCAUAAAUUUGUCGUCCUCCUUCUGGUUGAUAGUUUUAAAUUUCAGGAUUUUUCUCAUCAUCAAUCAUUUUCAUUCAAAAUCCGCUAUUAACUAAGUGAUCAGUAGUUUGAUGGUUAAGGAGUUCGACCUUGGACCACUAGGUCUCAUGAUCGGGUUCUGUUCCACCUACUAGGCAGUACCACUAAUCCUCGUACAUAAGGUAUGGCUUGAAGUCGAGUAUAAUAAUCUGUAUUUGGCGAGUUGCAUUGAUCUUUUUCUUUCAAUUUGCUCUGAAACAAUUCCUCAAAACUACCAGCCUUCAAUAUUCUUGUAAAUAAGCAUUUCCUGUAAGUUUUGUGGUCGAGUAGCAAAUAAUUCUAAUAUUUAAGUUACUAUGUAUAUAGAAAUUGGCUUCAUUCAGCCGAAUUAUUGUUUACUAUACUAUAUAUAAUUUUGUGAUAUGUUAUAUCUUCACUUUUUGUGUUAAGUAAAAAUUCGGAUCUCUAGUUGUUUGUUUUUCUUAAUAGCCUGAGCGUAUAACUGUGGGAAGCGUUUUAGCAUAUGACUCAGAGCCUUUAGUAAGUCAAAAUUUUGUUGAUUCACCACAAACUGCACAUUUGGAUUUGGAAAAUCAAGAGCCUUGUAAACUUGAAGCAAUCUUGAAAAACAGUAUCUCUACUUCAACCUUCGAAUUGUCAUUAAUUCAUCAACCUUUAGGAUGCACUGAUAAGAAUGAUUUGUUAAACACAUUAAACAAUAUGCCUUCACUUCUUCAAACAAAAAUUAAGCAAGGUACGUUGCUCGAGUCUAACGUCAAUAAUAGGAAGAAUACAACUCAGCUCUCACCAUCAUUGUCUAACAAAAGUUUUGACAGUAUCAAACCGGAAAUCCCUAAGUAUGAAUUAUUAUUGGAAAAUGAUGCAAAUUCAUCUGUUGUAACUGGAUCGAAUUCAUGUAGCCUCGAUUUAAAUAAUGGUCAUUCAUUUCCAUCUAAUAAUGAAAAUCGUCGAUCAGGAAGUUGGCUCCGAAAACAUCCAGCUGAUAACGGUGCUGAUGUUGUUGAUACAUAUAACACGGCCCGGAGUACAAGGACUAAUUACUUCAGUAAAGAUGUUAACCACAAUACAAUAGUCCUUUGCUUAAACUUACUAAUAUCGGAAGUUGUACAAACGAGGACCAACAAAUGGAAAGUCUUUCAAGUGAUAUUUUAAAUCAAACAAACUUGGUAAUUCUUGCCCCUAUAACUAUCCCUCAGAAAGUUCCACAACUCCACAGUGACGAACAGUUAAAUAAGGUCAACUUUAAAAACUUUAUCAAAAUCUGGCCACCCUAUCUUCCUCGGAACACAUUCAUAAAACCUUGUGUUCCCAGUUCGUACUUGUCAAAACCUAUUCCUCUGACUUCUUAUCAACAAACACUAGAAAAAUGUGACAGUCGCAAAAGUCUUGUAAAGUCAAAACAACCAUUAGAUAAUGAGCAGGAGCGAAUUAACAAACUUUUCGAAGAAUCUUGUAAAGCCCCAUCACUCAAAAAGUUCGGGAAACUCACGACUUUUUAAUUUAUAUAACAUUUCCUUGGUUUCGGCAAUACAAACACAUUGUAAUCCUUCAAAUGAUACUUUUCCCCCUCAGUUUGUUUUAGCUAAGUAAAGAUGUCUUGAGGGAUCUCAGGAGUAUUGUUUGUAUGUAAUCAAAGAUAAUUUUACUAUCACUAUUGUGUUCAGAAUAGGGUAGUAUGGUUCACUCUAAGACCCCUUAAUUCGCUUUUAAGUACUCUUUUGUGAAUCAGUUCUCACGGCGUUAUCGUAUUUAUUUUUAUUUAUUUGUUUGAACUCAUAUACAUAGAUACAAGGGGGCGCCAAUUACAUACGCGCCACACAAUAACAAUGGGGUUGUGAAGAGAUAGAGAAUAUAGAGUGCGUAUAAUAAAAAAAGAACAACAACCAACAAGAAUUAGUGUAUGCAAGUAAAAUAAUAAUAAUGGGAGGAACAGUUCAGUUAACAAAAAUUUAACCAGAAAGAAUUCUUUCAAUUAGAGUUACGUUCAUUUCUUAUGAAGUAAAAGAAACAACAGGAUUGUCACUGGCUUCUAUUCUGAGUCAUCUCUAGGACCAGUCUUAUUCAACUUCCUAUUGUACCAUGACACCAUGCCAUACACUGACCACCUCUUCGCUCUUUCCAACCGCAAGCGAUUUUACUCGCCAUUUUCAUGGCAAUGGCAACCAAUACUAAUAUAUACUUUUUGGUGAGUGGUAAUUAGCCUCAAACCUAGCUCGGUUUGAUAUUCAUUUGCAACAGAUGCUGUAACCAGUUUGCCGACUUCGAUCCAUUUAGGACGACAAAUUUGUUGGCCACUGAAACAUAAGGGAUGAUUAGAAUCCAAAUAGGUACUCCAAAAGGAGCCGCAGUUUUGUGUACAAUCACGCCAGCAGUAGUUGAUCGCGAUGCGAUAAGUCUCAGUCCAAACUUGAGAUGCAAAGAAAGGACGCCAGGUGAGACAUCGGCGAUGACUGUGCCGAUAGUUAAUCCCAACCGGAAACAGGUUGUAGUCUGCGCAGUAGACGGUCCUCUUUAUCUGAGCUGCGACCGACAAGUCCUCAUUGGUUACCCAAACGACUCUCCUCUGUGCUUAGACGCCUAACACCCACAGUCAAGUCUCCGGUCAGUACGCUUAACUGAUAGUGUAACUCAUCCUUUGUCGCAUCCGAGAUGCAAUCUGUCGAAAUGUAAGCGGAAAUGACGAAAAGACGUCGCUUCUCACACUGAUUUCUCACUAUGAUGGAACUUUCUAAUCUAACAGCACAUAAUUGGCUGUUAAUGAAUAUCCAGUCGAUCAGUGCUGCCUCAGCUCUAGUGCUUAGUGCGACACAAACGACAGCGAAACUAAAUGUAGAUGCUACAGGGUCCCUGGAUAAACGCAUGUGAAACAAGCCCUUCGAAGCGACAGAUGGAGAGCGAAUUUGCAAUGCUUCACUAGAGUCUUGGAUAGACAACAAACGUCUAUAUUAAGACUUUCUAAAGACAUAGCCAAUCAUAUAUAUGUCGUUUGGUCUGCAUUAGUGUGUGAACGUUGAAGGAGGCCAGUUUGAAUGGCAUACGUGGUUUCACAAAGACUGAUUCAGUAUUCCUAGUCGGUGGUAGCAUUCAACUUUCGACCAGUCAGUGACUUGGGAUCGUUUAUGUAGGACAGGGUUUCCACCAUAGGCGAACUGCUGGAUAAUUUUAAAAAUAAAAUACGCAAAAUGAGAGUAAGGGGGAAUACACAAAUGACGAGUAUUAUCAUAUUAUUGUGAAUAGGCGUUGAAGCAGGAGCAAUUUUUUCAGUAGUAAUCAUUGAUUUGUGCGAGGGCCCUGAUACUGUCCGAGCGCCCAGACCAGAGCAAGUGUUUUUCUUAGGGAUCAACACUCGGAGCCUUUGGCCUAAAGAUAUGAUCCACAAGGCAGUGGGGCAACGUCAGGAGAUGCAGUUCUAUGGAAGCCGGUAACCAACAAUCGGUUCAUAGGCCAUUUGUUCCCUCGGGAUCCUGGGGUCUGUGUGCACCACCGGCUUGAAACUAAGGUUCUCUAUCUCCCCUAUGUGAACUCACUGUGCCACUAACCCAGUUAAAGCGCUGAAUAUUCGCUAUCGUGUAGGAGACUCGUGCUGCUAUAGAUGAUAUGAGGGAAUAGUAUAGGUUAUAAUAUAGAAGCUAAUAUCUAUUUUUCGACAGUUCCUAAUUAUAUUUUACAAAAAACACCUAAUGAAUUUUCAUGUAAUAUUUGUAUAUAGAAUUGAUCUUGCGGUGUACACCUAUCGUAACAUUGUAAGGAGUUCAGAUUUUCCGUAUUACGAAAAAAACAAUGAUCCUGACAUUUUACAGUACUGAAAGACAAAAUGCUGAGAAAACAAUCAGCACGGAUUUGAAGAACUCGUUUGGCUUUCGCCAACUAACGUCAGCUGUGGCGAAGGCGAGUUAUCCGUCUAUCAAUAAAAGGACGAGUAUACUGUGCGGCACUUUUCUCUAAAAUCUGGGAAUAGGACGUAAUCUCAUGUGACUGGUCGCAACCACUGAUCGUCUAAAUAUAUAAGAAGGGGUCGAGGUCAUCCUGUGCUAACCAUAAAGGGAUUAGUUUAACCAAUAUGACAUCUAAAAUACUAGCCUCAAUAAUUAUCGGACGCCUUAAAAGACUCGUGAACUGCAAACACGAGAAAAUCAGGUUGGCUUCAGAUCUAGUCGUGGCUGCAUCGACCACAUAUUCACCGCUCAUCAGAUUUUAGAACACAACCAUGCCCAUUCUUGCCCGACAAUGGUAGUUUUUUUAAAUUUAGAAACAGCAUUUGACUCUGUAGACCGAGAGGUUCUGUGGCAGUGACUGUCGUUGAAAGGUGUACCUCAGAAGUAUAUAAACCUUGUGAAUGUUCUUUACUCGAACACUACCAGUCUAAUCAGAGCUUAUUGAGAACUGUCAUUUGAUUUUGCAAUCUCAAGUGGUGUCCUCCAAGACUGUCCACUAUCUCUAUUUCUGUUCAAUUUCGUCAUAGACCUACUGCUGGAAAUAAUGUCGUCGUUUACUGCAUUUUCAGGCACUGAUCCCUUACCAGGAGGUUCACUUAUUGACUUAGGAUACGCAGGUGACAUAGUCAUGUUUGAUGAAGCUGAUAAAAUGCAGUCUUUUGGUAGCACUGAGCAACAAUGCCAGAAUGUUUGAGAUUCAUUUCUGCUCUAAAUGUUGCUUCAGGACUUGCCUACAUCAAUACCCUGGACCAAGGAUAGGAGUGAAGUAGUCGAACGCGUGGACAACACUUAUCUUGGAAGUCUGAUCAGCCCUAGUGGGUUGGUGUCUGAUGAAAUCUCAGCAUGGAUUCAAAAAGCUCGUUUGGCUUUUACCAAAUUACGUGACCUAUGGUGAAGGAGAAAUUUCCAUCCACUACUCAAGGAACGAGUAUGCUGCUCAGCAAUUUGUUCUGUUCUACUUUACGGUUGCCAAACGUGGCCAUUAAGAGUUGAAGAUACUCGUAAGUUACUAGUACGCGAUUGCAGAUGUCUUAGAAAUAUUGCUGGGAUCACCAGGUAGGUAAUGGUGAGGUUAGACGUGUAGGGUAUCAGGGAACGAUGGCAAACCAGUUGAUGAGGUUGUGAAUUUUCAUCAGCUGAGUCACCUGUUACGUAUGCCUGAACGCUGAUUACCAUGACGCGCAAUGCUGACUAGUGUUGGAGACGUAUGGAAGUUAGGGGCGGCCAAACUAAAACGUGGCAUCAGUCCAUUAGGUCACUAACUUCUGGUCUGAUCCACGUUGGUGGAUGCAGACCAUUUGGUUGGGGUCUGUGUAACUAUCGUUACCAAGGGUUGGAGACUGGGUGACAUGGCUCAAGAUCAGUCACGUUGGCGUAGGUGUACACAUUCUUUGUCUUCCCUUAAACCGUGAGAUUAAAACUACUUUAUACCUUUCUUUCUACGAACUAAUUCUUUCCCUCUGUAUCAUAUCAUUAUGUGCAAUCUUUCUUUUUUAUAUUACUACCAUUGAAGUAACUGCUUCUAUGAAUUCGGUGUCCAUCUUGUUGUGUUAAUGCGGUAUGGCAACUUGGACCGAUGCAUAUAUGUGUCUGGUCGUGCGUUGUAGAUGACUGACUGAAAAAUGAUUUCGCAUGUCUUUUUAUGAUGUACACGAUGUGAAUAAUGAUGCAAUUAAUAACCUCUAAUCAGAAUGCUAUUAAAAUGAGUCACAAAGUCCCACUCCAUCAACUGAGAUGUUUUGAGGCCGUUCCCAGUACAUCCAUUUUGAUGGCUAGUAUAGAGGGAAUUGUCGAAUUUAUCGUCCUCAAAAAGUAGAUCCUAAGCAGUGAAUUAGUUCUACGCAAAUCGGUUACGUUGUUGUGAAAUAAGCCACUUAGGUCUCAAGUAAUGGCGUCAGAAGUCUUUUGUGAUUAUGUAGUUUUCACGUUGAUUGUAGAAACCGCUUAUGAAACUGGGUUACUAAUUUCGUUGAUUUUUUUGGAUCUCAGAAAAUUACGGACGAGCGAACGAAGAAACACUUGAUGUCGGUCGACAUUAGAGCUUCAGUUAGUUUUUUGUAACUAGCUUUCUCUACAUAAUUCACAACUAGUAGUAAUGUCCUAAUUUGAUACUUGUUAAAGCAAACAAACAUGCUAGGAUGUUUGGGAUCCGUUUUCCUCCAUCUUAAUGCAGAAUAUUGCUUCAGGACUGAUCUGCGUCAACGCCUCAACUAAUAAUCU